AUGGACAUAGUUCUCACAUAUGCAGACGAAUACCUUUUUGACGAUCUAUACGCGCACGUAUUUCCUCGCUUUGUUAAUGUCUCCCAUCCCUAUUUUCCCUCUCUUUCAACAAUUUCCUUUCUUUCACGCGAUAACGUUUAUCGUCAGUACACUACUCUCUUUAUUAUAACCAUUGCCUUCAUUACAACUUUCUACUUUUCGCUAUCUGGCGUCUCGUAUUACUUGGUAUUUAACCAUGACUUGAUGAAACAUCCGAAAUUCCUCAAGAACCAAAUACGUAAAGAGAUGUUCCUGUCCGUCGGUGGAUUUCCUAUUACUACUGCAGUCACCAUACCCUGGUUUAUUGGAGAAGUGAAAGGGUAUUCUAGGUUAUAUGAUGACGUGGAAAAGUAUGGGUGGUGGUAUUUGAUAGCAAGCGUGCCGAUGUUCUUGCUCUUUACCGACUUUUGUAUUUAUUGGAUUCACCGAUGGUUGCAUCAUCCAUUGAUUUAUAAGCAUUUGCACAAGCCACAUCAUAGAUGGAUCGUCCCAACCCCAUUCUCAUCCCAUGCAUUUCACCCGCUUGACGGAUACCUCCAAUCUGUUCCGUAUCAUCUCUUUGUGUUUUUAUUUCCUCUCCAGAAAUAUGUGUAUCUCGGACUAUUUGUGUUUGUUAACGUUUGGACUAUCCUAAUACAUGAUGGCGCCUACUUAACAGCGAACCCGUUAAUAAACGGGGCGGCUCAUCAUACUUUACACCAUCUCUACUUUAAUUACAACUACGGACAGUAUUUCACGUUAUGGGAUAGAGUGGGUGGUACUCACAGACUUCCAGGAGACGAACAGUAUAAAUUAAAGACAGACAAUAUGAUCUGGGAGAAGCAAGCGCGAGAGGUAGAUGAAUUUGAUGAGAACGGCAAGGAAAAGGUUAAAACCAAUUAG